AUGAAGUCUUACUCCAGCCAAGGUGUUCAAACAGACGAUGUUCCCGUUCUCCUCGAAAGGAUGUCGAAACAAACUGGUGAAGACCCAACCUGCGACACCGAAAGACCCUCUGCGGGCCUCAUAGAAGCAAAUCCAAGCGCAUAUAGCUACUCUGAUGUCCCUGUUCACGACUUUCUUGCGGAUACUGGCCACGAAACGCGUGAAAUAAGGCGCCAGAAGUACACUCAACUACCGUGCAACCGACCAUCCCAAAUAUCGAACCCCAACGAAAGACGGAUCGUAUCUCUUCCGGAGACUGCACCACCUGUUUCUGUAAAGGCCUCGGUAGAAGCCACUCGACGCGUCGUCUCUGCAUCUUCUGCGCGGCAAUCUUCGAGGUCUCACAGGCUCAAUCAUGAGAGGGAGUAUUCGCAGAUGUCAACGUCUACCUUUGAGGAAGUCGAAGAUGACGCUCUAGGCUCUGGUGGCUUUCCAUGUGGCAACCUUGAUCUUCCUCGUACCCCGUCUCCUCCAUCAUCUCCCGAAUCGGUAACCAUAAUUAGCAAUCCUAAUUUUCAAGUACCCGCCACAUUCUUACGCGCAAGACAGGGCCAGGAGCCAUAUGCCUUCCAACCCACUCAAGAUGAAGACGGUUGGGUCACUUGGGCGAAUUCUCCUCCCCGCCCAAUUCCCGCGCUUCAUGGCCCGCUUUCUUUGCCGUAUGCUCGCUGUCCUUCAGGAGCUGAAGGGACUGUAAUUGAAAAAGGGACUGAAAUUCCUCGAAUGAUCUGGGGUUUAGACACCGAAAACACCCACUCUAAAGAUCGGGGAGCGGAACACAUUCCCGAGAGGAAUCCUCCGACCGUCCAACACCGUGAUCAUCCAAGAGAACAAGCGGCCAUUGCAAACCUGAGGUCAGUACAUAGCGUCACGCGAGCCCAGGAAGUCAAACCUAGCUUCGGGCACGAACGUGCAAAUAGUCUUCGUGGCUUGGGCCUUUCUAUGCCAGGAUCACAAAGUCGACCUUUUCAACCGACUAUCUCCAAAGAUGGCUCGGGCCGUUUUCAGAGCUUCAACACUCCAGAGGCGAAUACUAGCAGGCGCCCUCCAACAAUGCAUCUUGUUCCGGAAGGGCUACCUCUCCUCGUUGCAAGUGGGAUUCAACGGGACCGAAGCGACCAUCCAGCGGCUGCCUAUCUCCAACACGUCAGGAAUAAUUCUGGUGCGCGCGAGUCUGAGAAGGCCUGGGAUCAUCAAGCUACUUCGCGAACUCCUGUUACUACCUCUCCUAACUGGACCCCGCUGUUUUCCUCGUACCUGGAGAUGUUUGGUUCCCCUGACGUCUCAGUCUUCGACCCUACAUACGGAACACCAAGGCUGGGUUUCGAGCCCCUUCGUCAACCUCCAGCCUCGCAGCCACUUCCCUCAGUCGUGGACGAGCUCUCCGAAGAACUACGCCGAUUUGUACUGCAAAGCAUCACAAGUCCUCGCGCCUCGGACAACCAGAUGGAUACCCCACAUUCCAUCGCAUUGUCGGAUUAUUACAAGCAAGCCUUUGAGCACAAGCAUAACCUUCGCGUACAAAAGCCUACUGGUACCACGGAUGCUCUCUCCUACCACCCUGGAAUGAACCAUUCUGGCAUGUCACCCAUUCAACCUAGGCCACCUCCGAAUUCUCCUAUGCCUCCUUUGCGCAGCUUGCACUCUAACAACGGCCCGCGCAGCCAACUCUCCUCUCCCAACCAGGUAUACCAAUCUCCAGGCUCAAUGGAAGUAAAGUCUGCCUCGAAUGUCCGCCAUCUUCGCUCCGUCCCUUUUGCUCGUUUAAUGCAACGACGCUUGUCCGUUGUACAAGAGGAAGAACCCACCCCACCAGCUCUGGGAAAGGUUCAUCUACAUCCCGCUUUUUCUACGCCCGACGAUUUUUUGGACAUACCGGAGUCCCCUAGGCCCAGUCAGACGACGUGGCGCUCACAACCACCCAAUCAUAAUCUUCGCCCAAAGGCGCAGUCCAUGCAACCACUUGGACCGUGGACUCGUGCUAACAGUGAUGCCAGCAACCCUCUAGUGCAGGAGAAGGACGACAUCGCUCGUAUCACCCCGUCCAACGAGAAAGCCAACCUACCAAACAAGAAGCGUAGAAGACCUAAAGUUCAGAGAGGGUAA